CAGUUAACAACUCCCUUUGUGUUUUAAAGGAAAUUUGACCUGAGUCCAAACAUGUCAAAGGCUCCAAAUUCUCCAGCACGACCCCAAUCCAGAUCCUACUCCAGAUCCAGAUCUAGGAGUCUUUCCCGUUCCAGGUCCAGGAAACGUCACUACAGCUCCAGGUCUCGUUCCCGCUCCCGCUCCCACUCCCCGUCCUACAGAAAUUAUCCUUCUCGGGACUAUCAGAGCAACAGAAGAGGCUUCAGAGGCUACAACCGGGGCUACCGCAGGCCCUACCAGCACCGAGGUCGGAACCGGGGCUUCUACCCCCGCGGCCAUUACCAGAACCGAGGAGGGGGCUACGGCUACAAGUCCAACUGGCAGGGUGGGGGAGGGGGCUGGCACGAUCGCCAGGACCACUACAGUCCCAGGAGGGGGCACUCCCGCUCCCGCACACCUAAGAAACGCUCGGGCAGCCGGAGCCGCUCCCGCUACUCUGACCGCUCGUCUUCGGGGCAGUCUCGGCACUCCAGGCGCUCCAGCUACUCCUCGCGGUCCCGUUCCCGGUCCUCGUCUCCACGACAUCGCAGCAACAAGGCUCGGCCCAGCUCCAAAGAGUCCAAAGAGAAGCAGCCGGAGAGUCCGGCAGAGAAAUCCCCUCAGCCCGCAGAAGGCAACGUCAUCGAGAAAGCGUCUGGAGGAAAAUGGAUCGACUUCGACGCCAGCCCCAAACGGGGCAGCCCAGGCUUCAAGAAGGAGGAAGUUCCUGAGAGCAAAGGGCCCGGGAGUGGAGGCCCUCUCUGGAAAACCGUCGGUUCGUCAUCCCCUCCGGCAAAAAGCCCCACCAAGUCUGGACAGACGGCCUCGUUCAGCGGCUUUGGGUUCUUCGCAAAGGAAGAGGCCAAAGCCGGAGAUAAUACUGUGAUCUCUGCCGCCUUCAAGAAGUUCAUGGCUGACAAUAAAAACAAAAAGGCGUCGGAAAAGAACAGCCGAGAGAAGGAGCUGGUGGCUACAGACCGAGAACCCGAGAAAAGCUCCAAGUCCUUAGAGCUCUUCAGCAUGUCUUCAGCUUCAUACUCUGAGCCCAAAGAAGAAAAAGUUCUGCCCUUUUUCAACCCGGGAGAGGAGGAGUUCCUCCAGGCACAGGGUCUGAAGGACCAGAUCAUCGACGAGGAGCUCGAGGCCAAACCCACCCUCUCAGCCAGGGACAUUUUUGGAAAAUGGGGCGAUGAGCCGAGCUACUCCACAUCGUACCUGUCCGUGAAAGAGCAAGGCUGCAGAGAGCCUGAAGAAGUUGAAGACGACAUGGAGGAAGAGCUGUACCGAAACCGCAAACAUGUGUCCAAGAAAGAGGAGAAGUCCAAGAAAAAGGAGAAGAAAGAAAAAGAGAAGCCGAAGAGGAGCAUGUCCCCCCCAACAACGUCCAGAGACAAAGAGCGUCCGCUGUUUCCUGGAGCCUUUCCUCCUCGGGAACAGUCUCCUGUUCGUCUGUCAGUCUCCAGGAAGGACUUCGAGCUCAAGAUCAGCUCUUUAGAUGACAUGCCCAGCUCGUCUCUGUCUAAAGACCACCUGACGCCUCGUGAUCUGCUCCAGUCCUCCAAGAAAGAUCCGGAGUUUCGCUCCAUUUUCCAGCACAUCCAGUCGGCGCAGCUGCACCGCAGCCCGUCGGAGUUGUUCGCUCAGCACAUCGUCUCCAUCGUUCAUUACAUCAAAGCUCAUCACUUCCGCACGUCAGACAUGAGUCUGAGCGAGCGCUUUGCCAUGUACCAAAGAAAAGCUGCCGAGGCAGAAAUGAUGAGGAAGAGCCCAGAAAUCCACAGGAGAAUCGAUGUUUCCCCCAGUGCCUUUAAGAGGCACACCCCCCAGUUUGAGGAUUUGGACGAGAUGAGCUACAAGGAACCCAGUAAAAAGUUCAAAGGUGACGUGAUGGACCUGCGUCUGGAUAUAGAAAGACGUAAGAGGUUUGCUGGGAAGGAGCGCGACAACAAGCGAGAAGGAGGCAAGAGCCCUGGGGGCUCCCGAGGACCCAGCAGGGAGAGGUCCUCUGAGAAAUCUGGGAAACACCACAAGAAGUCCAAAAAGAGUAAGAAGAAGAGGGAACGCUCUCAUUCCUCCUCUUCCUCCUCCUCUCCAUCCCUCUACCCUCCCCCGUUCAAAGGGAAGGAGUACCUGGGGGAGGGGAUGGAGCACCCGGAGGAGGGCUUCAGCCAACCUCGCUAUCCUCCGCGGGACUACAGCGGCCCCGGGGACCGGGGCCCCCGAGAGUACGAGGGCCACGGUGCAGACAGAGGAAGAGGCCGAGGAUUUUUUCCCAGAGUGAGAGGACGAGGCUGGACCAGAGGGAACUAUCCUGGGAACAGCAACGGGAACCCCCCUAAUGCCAACCCCACGGCUCGCCCCCAGGAGGAGGAGUGGGACCCCGAGUACACCCCCAAGAGCAGGAAGUACUACCUGCACGAUGAUCGCGACGGAGAGAAAACCUGGAUGGACAACCGCGGCCGGGGGAGGGGCUCCUUCCCAACUCGCCGUGGCCGCUUCCUGUACCGGAGAGGCAGUGGAGGCAGCCCCAAGUGGACCCACGACAUGUUCCAGGGGGGUGAGGAGGGGGAGCUGGGGGACGACGGCAUCGAGGACGAGCAUAAAGGGUCCAAGAGCGCCGGCGACCUCACCAAGUAGUCUGGUUACCGUGGCAACGACAAGCGUCUUCUUCCACAUCAUCUAACGGUUGAAAAGACGAGCAGCUCUUUGUGUUUUUGUUUGAUGUUUUUUGUUGGGGGGGGCAAUUUCGAUUUGAUGUAGAAACUAAAAGCUUCUGUGCCUUAGAGAAGAGUGAACAUGUUCCUGCAGCGGGCCGAGGCAGAACCCAGGGUUCUGAUCAAACGCUCAGAGGGACCAAACAGACCCGAGCGUCCUCGCACCGAUUAGUUUCAGUCACAUUCGUCAGUUUUGUCUGAUGGUGAUUUUAUUUCAGUAAACUGUUUAGAUUUUAAAUCUCAAGUUAAAAAAUAUUUAGGGAAGAAUUUGAUGAAACAAAUCUUAAAGCUGCAGUUCCUCGUCAGAAACCUGAAGUCUGAGUCUGCAUGUCCCGAAACGGUAAUCUGUAAUCUGAGCUCGUUUGGAUUUUUACUGUUCUGACCUUCAAACUUUUAGUUUCAAUAAAUCUUUCUUUAAUUCUGACAUUUCUCUAGUUGUUUUUUUUUUUACAUUUCAAACGUGACCUGAAA